AGGCGGGCAUCAAGAAGGCCGUCCUCGAAUCGGGCCUGGCGGCCGUUGAGGAGGCCUGGACGGUGUCCUACGCUGAGCUGCGCGAGCACGCCGCGGAGGUCUCGUGGAGCAUCGCGGAGCUGCUGGCCGAUGUGGAGGUGCGCCACGUGGCGUACCUUGUCGGCCCCGGCGUUGGUUACGUCGUCGUGCAGCUGGCGGUGUGGGGCUGCGGCGGGGUGUGCGUGCCGCUCUCGGCGCACUCGGCCCCGGCGGAGCUGGAGCGGCUGCUGCUGGGCAGCGAUUGCGGGCUGGCCCUCGCCGACGGGCCGUCCGAGGCCAGGCUUCGCCCUCCCGCGGAGAAGCUGGGUAAGCGCUUCGCCUCCCUCGCGGUCAGGAGUGGUCUGGAGGCGGGGCCGCGCUUCGUCCUCAGCGCCUGUCCCACCGCCUGGUUCCCCGCAUCAGACGUUCCCCGGCCCGGCGCCGAGGAGCGCGCCCGGGCGAUGAUCCUGUUCACGGCGGGGGCGACGGGGAAGCCCAGGGGCGUGGUGCACACCCACGGGAGCCUGGCGGCGCAGGCGGAGCUCAGCGCCAAGGCGUGGAGGUGGACCCGGGACGACCACUCGCUCCUGGUGCUGCCGCUGCACCUCCUCUACGGCCUGCAGACCAGCCUCUACGCGGCCCUCUGGAGCGGGGCUGCCGUGGAGCUCGCCCGCUUCAGCCCCGCGCACUGCGUCCAGCGCCUCGCCUCGGGCCACAUCGCCGGAGGGUCGAG